GUGUUUGUUGAAUCGUGCGUGUUGACAGCAGCACUAAACUACCAUGGUAGGUCACAAAACGCGACUAGAUGCAGUUUGACAUCGUCUGCAGUCGGAGCUCAGGCAUGAAUGAAUCAGGUACCAGACGCACAACCGGGACCCACUGAAGACGCACGAACCGUGGAUUUUGGACAGAACCGCGUCUGAUACUUUCAAUCCCACUCCGACGACUGAAGCCGCUGUCUGUAGCGCUUGGUUUAAAGCCACAUUCUCGGCAUUAAUAGUGUUUUUUCUCCAGUUUCUUGGUACCCGACGAUUGGAGCUCUAUAAAUAUAAAUAUAUAUGAUGAAGUUUAAACCCAACCAGACCAGGACGUACGACGGAGAAGGGUUCAAGAGAAGAGCGGCGUGUCUGUGCUUCAGGAACGAGAAGGAGGACGAGGUUUUACUCGUGAGCAGCAGCCGACAUCCAGACCAGUGGAUUGUACCCGGAGGAGGAAUGGAGCCUGAGGAGGAGCCGUGUGGAGCUGCUGUCAGGGAAGUGUACGAGGAGGCUGGUGUGAAGGGGAAGCUGGGAAGACUCCUGGGCAUUUUUGAGCACAAUCAAGAUAGAAAGCACCGAACAUAUGUGUAUGUCCUCAUCGUGACGGAGACACUGGAGGACUGGGAGGAUUCUGUCAACAUAGGAAGGAAGCGUAAGUGGUUUACAGUCGAUGAAGCCAUCAGGGUCCUGCAGAGCCACAAACCAGUCCACGCAGAAUACUUACGCAGACUCACAACCACCUGUAAUCCCACCUGCAGUCCUGUGUGCAGCCCGACCAAUGGCAACACCCCGAGCUCCCAAGUGACAGACAACAGCACACCUCACUACGUGGUUUGUUCCACACAUGGCUCAGAUCUAGUCAACAGAUAGAAGUCAUUACCAGCAGCUGAUGCCAACAAGAGCAAUUCUUCUGACAGAACUCCAAGAUGACAUAUCAUCUGAGAUGGACUGUACAAUAUUUACAUUACUAACAGUCUCUGAAUUUGUACACUACAGACUCCAUGAGGUUUAUUCAAAACCCAUUUGAGGUGGGCUUGAAGUGUGACGAUAUGUUUUCCCAGUAUAUUUAAUAUUUUGUAUGCAUAUUUUUAACAACCAUUACCAGCUUAUUAGCCUAAAUGUGUUGCUUUAAAGCUUGUACCUUUAGGUUGAUUUCCCCAUUGUGCUGCAUAUGCAAUGUACAGGUUGUUUUUAGUCUUACAAUCCCAAAUGUGAUUGCUAGUGCACACAGUUUUUUCUGGAAGCUGGAGCUGGGAAACACUGGCUCUUGGAGUAAAUUAUAGCCGCGCAGUGAAUUAAUACCAAAUAACUUGCGAUAUGAGUAGGAGAAAUAACUACAUGUGUAUAAAUAUUUUAUUGCAGUUCAGUUUUUCUGUAAAUUAUCCAGACAGUCUGAAUUUGGUGGAAAACAGAUGUCACGUCAAUGUAACCCCAGCUUGUGAGAGACCUUUAAUGCAGGAAAUGCUUCUCAUGUACAGUGGCUACCAACCUUGAAGUAUCACUUCUGAUUUCUAGCAACACUAAACAAUGGAAUGAAGAUAUCUGAUGCAAAGAACCAGCAAACUAUCCACAGUGAAACAUAAGCUUUUACAGUAUUUUCCCAGACAUCAUUUUGUAAAUUAACCCUCAAGACCUAAAUAGCCGUUGCUCACCAAAGUCAUCAUGUUUAAUAACUAUUGAUCCACUAAUCCUAUCAAUACAUGUAAAUGAUUCAGGUAAAAUACUGUUUCUGAGCUUUUCAUCAUCAUUAGAUAUGUCACAUUUGGACAUUAAGAGGCUUCAUAGUGAACAUGGAAACACCAUCAUCUUCUGCAACAUUGAUUCACCAGUAAAACCCAUAUAGUUUGACAAAUGACAGUGGUU